ACAGUUUGAGUAAACCAACGGAAUAGGAUCAAAGUUGUAGUAAACCAAAGGAAUAAGAUAACAUUUUUGCUUUCAUUUUGGAUAAUUUGGAUAACCAUGAGUGGUGGAUGUCCAUACUUCGAGAAAAGUCACUUGUUAUUCAAGAGCAAGCUGUAUCUAAAAGAGGAAGAGGCAGAUGACUCUCAAGAAGGAAUCAACAAGGCCAGCAAAGGUGGCAUAAUCUAUGGUGACUACCUUCAGCUUGACAAAGUUGUGACGGCCCAAGUUCUUCAGAGUGAACUGAAGGGGAACAAAAUCCACGAUGAGCAUCUUUUCAUUGUCACACAUCAAGCAUAUGAACUCUGGUUCAAGCAGAUUCUAUGGGAACUGGAUUCAGUGCGAGAGAUUUUCAUCAGUGGACAUGUUCGCGAUGAACGCAACAUGCUGAAGGUCAACACCCGCAUACACAGGAUUGUUAUGAUCUUCAGGCUGCUGGUCGACCAGUUUGCCGUGCUCGAGACAAUGACGGCCUUGGACUUCUAUGACUUCAGAGAGUACCUGUCCCCUGCCUCCGGGUUCCAAAGUCUCCAAUUCCGUCUGUUGGAGAACAAGAUUGGGGUCCCUGACAACCUGAGAGUCCCCUACAACAGGCGUCACUACAGGGACAACUUCAAAGGACAUGAGAGUGAGAUGCUGCUUAGUUCUGAGAAGGAGCCCUGUCUGCUGAAAUUGGUGGAGAAAUGGCUGGAAAGGACCCCAGGUCUUGAAGAGGAUGGGUUUAACUUUUGGGAGAAACUGGAAGCCAACAUCUUUGAAGGUUUGAGUCUUGAAAAAAAUAAAAUAGAGAAAAUGCAAGACUCUGAGGAGAAGGAGGAGAUGAUGGAAGAGCUGACAAAGCAAAAUGAGCUAUUUACUUCACUGUUUGAUGUCAAAAGACAUGAGCAUCUUUUGGGCAAAGGUGAGAGACGGAUCUCCUACAAAGCUCUCCAAGGAGCUCUGAUGAUCUACUUCUACAGGGAGGAGCCCAGGUUCCAGGUUCCCUUCCAACUCCUGUCCAACCUGAUGGACAUUGAUACCCUUAUGACAAAAUGGAGAUACAACCACGUGUGCAUGGUGCACAGAAUGAUUGGCAGCAAAGCAGGCACUGGAGGCUCAUCUGGCUACCAUUACCUGCGCUCUACUGUCAGUGAUCGCUACAAAGUCUUUGUGGAUCUCUUUAACCUGGCCAUGUUUUUGAUACCUCGCCAUUGGCUGCCUAAACUAGACCCCAAUGAGCACACCUUUCUGUUCACCGCAGAGUACUGUGACAGCUCCUACUGCAGUAGUGAGGAUUCAGACUAGGAGACUGUCUCAACUGUCUAAAGUGGUCCGUGCAGACUGAGGAAAGGUGUCAACGAGAGGAAGCCACUUUAGAUGAUGUAGAUAUACCUUGGGUCUAGAGUGUCAUAUAAUCUAGCUAUGACGUGGUAAAGUCUCACCUACACCAAUAAUGGGACAAGUAACAUAGUAUAUCAUCAUAACCACAUAAGCAUCCCUCCCCCUCAGAACAGAACAGCCUCUAUUCGUUGGGGCAUGGUCUCUACAAGGUGUUGAAAGCAUUCCACAGGGAUGCUGGCCCAUGUUGACUCCAAUGCUUCCCACAACUGUGUCAAGUUGGCUGGAUGUCCUUUGGGUGGUGGACCAUUCUUGAUACACACGGGAAACUGUUGAGCGUCAUCUACACUGAUUGAAGUGGAUCUAACAGGUGACAUCAAUAAGGGAUCAUAGCUUUCACCUGGUCAGUCUAUGUCAUGGAAAGUGCAGGUGUUCUUAAUGUUCUGUAUACUCAGUGUAUAGUAUAUAUUGUUUAUAUAAUAUUGUGCUGUAUUUAAAGUAUGAAAAAGUGUGAUAUAAUCCUGUACAUAGCCUAAUGAAUGAUCAUCAUUAACCUUUCCAUGUACUUGAGUUAUUGUUAAUCUUUUUUAGAGUAAUAUUAUGUAUUUCUACAGUACUUCGAUAUUGGUGCAUUGGGUGUUUAUGUGAUGUCAGAGAAAUUAUAUGUAUACUUCAUUCAACAUGUAGUGAUACCAUCAGCAUAGAAAUGAUCACCGGACUUCAAAGUAAAAUAUUUUUGUAUCAGUAAGAAUAUAAAAUGUACAGUACCAGUCAAAAGUUUGGACACACCUACUA